AUGGACUCGUAUCCAGAAACAAAAGAAACAAAAGAAGGUGCGUCGCAACCGCCGCCGUAUGAACCGCAACCCGGGAUGAGUGUACCCCAAGAGCAACCACGAGUUGUUGACACUAGUCGUCAAAGCCGUUGGAAAGCUGAUUUAUUCGACUGCUUUGCUGUCCCUAGCCUCUGCAUCAAAACCUGCUUUUUGCCUUGUGUCACAUAUGCCGAAACCAAAGAGAAAAUGAACAACAACAACAUGAGUUUCAGUACAAAUUGUUUGUGCUACUGCUGUGCUGUGUACACAGGCUUUGAUUGUUGUCUUGCGACUAUGACACGUGGCGAAAUUCGUGCACAACAAGGAAUCAACGGUGAUUUUGUCGAAGACGCUUGCACUCAUUUGUGGUGUGGCUGUUGUGCUUUGGUCCAGGAACACCGUGAAUUCGAUGAUGAAUCUUCUCAAUAA